CUUGAAGUACUUCAGGCAAAGACAUCAUGGUAUUGCCGAAGAACAACAACGAGUACAAGAAGAAAGAGUACUGGGACUCGCGGUUUGAAAGCGAAGAAUCAUACGACUGGCUUGCCCGCUUCAAGGACGUAGCGUCGCUCAUUGAUCAAUAUGUGCAAAAGAACCAUCGCAUCCUCGUGGUUGGGUGUGGCAACUCGACGUUUAGCAUUGAUCUCUACGAAGCUGGGUACACCAACAUCAUAAACCUCGACUUUUCAAGUGUCGUGAUCGAACGAAUGAGUGCCAAGUACUCGACUUCCCAUCCUCUUAUGACUUGGGUCGUGGGAGACAUGCUCAAGCUGAACGAGUCGUUUCCACCGCACUCAUUCGAUGUCGUCAUUGACAAGGCGGCGAUGGAUGCGCUCAUGGUGGAAGGAGGCGACACUUGGUCCCCUGCCGACCACGUCUUGGCCAAUGCGGACGCCAUGUGCUCUGGCGUCCACAGCAUUCUCACCCAAUCAGGCACGUUUAUCCAGAUUUCGUUUGGCCAACCGCAUUUUCGCAAACGCUUCUUGCUGGGACACCCUCCAAAUGGCCCUGUGAGCACCGUGUAUCACUGGUCGUGCAGCCAUCACAACAUUGAUAUUGGGUUGGGCUACUACUUUUACGUGUUGCAAAAGGAUCUGCAGCACUUGUAAGCCGAAAAUGAACUGAACUUCCACCUUGGCUUGUUAUUCGAACUCGCGCAGCAUCUUCUCGAGCGAGUCCACGGCGCCAUGCUGGUCGUGCAGGACAGAUUGCGCAUGUACUAGCUCUUGACGCAGCGUUUGCAUGGCAAAGUACAGCGCCAAGAGGCCAAACAUGUAGAACAGCACCAGCCCAAACUCGACUUGAUGCUGCCAGUUCAACUUCGCCGAUGUAGUCGUCUACACAUAUACCAAUCAUCUUAGCAUGAAAACA